UUUUCAAUACUUCAUUUGCAAGAAGAGUAGCAAACAGGGGGGAAGCCGCAUGCACCCCCCCACACCAGUGUGCUCCCAGUACACUGGCAAAGCAGCUGACUUUCCUACAAGCUACUAGUAGUCGAUUUGGACCUUUCUGACUGUGGAGGCUCUUCCAGGAGACCCCUCGGCUCCACAUUCCCAGGACUCACAGGGCACUUGCUGCCCUGAGUGGGGGGGGGGUGUUCGAGCCAUCUGACCUGUGGGGUUAAGUAGAAUCAGUAGGAGUGGAACUCAGUGGAGGAGGGGAGGAGGGCAGCGGGCGGUGGGAGGUUGGGAGGAGGUGGGAGGCCUCGGUGGGGCUCCUGUGCUCCAGAAGGAGACCAGUCAGUCGCCGGGAAGCGAGGGAGCAGAGGAGGAGGAGGAGAUGGCCACGGGAACGAUCACCACACUUCCCUCCACACCUGACGACGGCGGCAGCGGCGGCUUCCCUGCUGGGAGCUACAAGGACCCCAAGAGGCUGUACUGUAAAAACGGGGGGUUCUUCUUGAGGAUCAGGUCUGACGGGGGAGUGGACGGGAUCCGGGAGAAGAGCGACCCCCACGUAAAACUGAAGCUCCAGGCGACCGCGGUGGGGGAGGUCCUCAUCAAAGGAGUCUGUGCUAACCGCUACCUGGCGAUGAACCGAGACGGACGACUGUUCGGAGCGAGACGAGCGACGGACGAAUGCUAUUUCCUGGAGCGUCUCGAGAGCAACAACUACAACACCUACCGCUCCAGGAAGUACCCGAACAUGUACGUGGCGCUGAAGCGAACGGGACAGUACAAGUCCGGAAGCAAAACGGGACCGGGUCAAAAGGCCAUUCUCUUCCUCCCCAUGUCGGCCAAGAGCUGAACCGACCGAGGAAGUUCUUAACGCAUACGACAAAGAAGAAGAAGAUGUGACGGCAAUGGAGACAGAGUGUUGCCCCCCCGACCCCCCAAAACAGCUGUGAUCUUUUCCAACUGUUACGUCCUAACAGUUAUUUAUGUUUUUAUAUUUUAUCUCGUCUGCUCUUCUUCAGCAUUUCUUUGAAACUGUGGCACACGUCCAGACUUUUAACGUGCAACCGAUCAACGGCUUCACUAGUGCAACUGCCAGCAGGUGCCUUGCUCAAGUGCACCUCAGCAGUAUUUGCUCAUUUAAUCCAAGCAGAUCCUCCCUCUCAGAUAACCAGUCUGCGUCUUGGACCUUCAGUUAAUGAGCCUGUGAGUCUUGGGUUUGAAAGCAGGACACAGGUCUCCCCCACAUGAUCGGGAUUAACAGAACGACUCAGAUCCUGAGCUGAAGCGACUCGAGGAGAAAAGGACUGAAAAUACAGCAGCUGAAUUAUCUGAACAUUUUAUUUGACAAACCUAAACACAGCAAACACUACAAAUCAAAACCCAUUAGGUACAUUGCAAACUUCUUAUCUUCAAUAUUCAGUAUCUCCACUCACUUAAUGGGUUUGUCUUAAUGUUCUGGUAAAACAACAUUCCCUGAUUUGUCCUUGUAUAAUUCUAGAAUUGUGUAAAGUGCUCUGAAGGUUCAUUGCACAGGAGAAUAAUGUAUAAACAAGAGGUAACAGUUGUGUCGGUCCUUCCAGUGUGAGAUGAACCGUGUGAGACUCUGUAGUCAUGGAAACGGAUCAUUUAAAAACACCCUAAGUGCUGUAGUUCAGUCUAUUGCACCGUAUUUCUUCAACAGUCAAAACACUCCAGUCAUAAAUACACUUUAAAUAUGAUUAAUACUGACAAACCCGUGUGUCAACAUCGCUCAUCCUGAUCCUCUAUGACCCAGUCUGAUGAUGGCGUGCUAGGAUUUCAGUGUCUGAGGAAUGGGCCUGUGGUACAGCUGGUAGAACAUCCCCGAGUAGAAGGCCGGGAGCUCCUCCACGCCGAGGUCGAUGGCGUCGAAGCCGCGCUCGAGCCCGUGCAGCAGGAGGCGGGCCAGGCGAGCCGUGAUGGGCGUGGUCUCGCUGGUCUUGGCCAGCUGGGUAAGGUCCAGCCACUCGCAGCGCAGACACUCCUGAGUGCAGAAGUCGAUGUCGUACGUGAGCGGGCUGAGUCGGCAGAUGAUGUACAUGUCCGACAUGCCGAAGGCGCCCGGGUGGUUGUGCUGCUGCCGGAGGCUGAGCAGAGAUCUGAACUCGGAGCGGACGCCGGUUUCCUCGAAGACUUCACGUACGGCCGUGGCUCCUGGGGAAGAGUAAAUUACACAUUUAUAUCAAAUCACCACGAAAACCCAUGAAGAGGAAAGGAAAUAAUAAAGAAAAGAGAUUUGAUGCUGCUUGGAUAAUGUAUGAAAUACUAAAGCUGCUUUUAAAACGUUGAAGGGAAUGGGGACAGCAGAUAUAUAUAUAUAUAUAAAGUGCCUUAUUUUAUUAUGUUCAAAUGAAUGUUCAUGCAUCAUCUUAAAAUCUACAUGUAAAGGGUUUAGCUAGAUGUACUGUAUUACUGUUAUUUUUGUAUUAGCUCACCGAUAUUUUCUCCCGGAUCCGACAAACCACCGGGAAACUUCCACGCGUUCAUCGUCUGAAAGUCAGAAGCAAAGUUCAACAUCAAGUGAGACAAACUUCACUGCUGUUCAUGAAUCUGUUGGUGUCGAGCUUGGACUGUGAGGGAAGAUGGAUCACAUGACUCCACUCUAAAGUGUGGACACCUGACCACAGCCGGGGGGGUCCCGAGGGGUCCGGCCGGGCUCUUAGAGAGUUUUGAAAGUAUAAUUGAGUUAUUCAUGUUGGCUGCUCUUAUGCUGUUCUACUGCAUAUUUGUAAUGGGGGGGGAAAAACAAUCCAAACGAAUGUGCGUCAGUAACAGGCUGGGAUCAGGUUCAGAUUCAAAGUUCAUCUGAUGGGCUUGAACAGAAGAAUGUGGCAAGAGGGAGACAUGACCACCUCAUUAGAACGACUUAGAAUCACAGAAGAAAGUGAUCUGACUCAAAUACAAACGGAUCAAAUACGUUUUCUCUGUUGGGUGGCUGAGGGGGAGGAGUUAAGACAUCCACAUGCUCCUGGAAAGCGUGGCUAGGGUGAGGGACGCCUGGAACAUCCUAUCGACCCCAGUACCUCCACGACCUGACCCCCCAAUAAGAAGAAAACAAUGGAUGGAUAUUUGAUGUGAACUGAUCUCUAAGUCUGGCCUCAUGUCCCAUCCAUCACCAUGGAGGAGACAAUUUUUCUUUUUCUACCUGUACUGCAGCCGGCCACCAGAGGGCAGACAUGAAUGAUUUGGCUUCACUUUUGGGGAGAUGUCAUAUCGUCCAUCUUUAUUUACAGUCUAUGAUGUUAUAUCACAUUUUUUUGUUAGAGGAAGUAUUUUGAAGGUAAAGCUGUAUUUUUUUUUACUCUUAAUGGAAAUGACAGUAUCCAGUAGGGGAUCCUUUAUGAUCUUAAAGAGAGAGAUUGUCUUAUACAUAUGAAAUUAUAAUUAUACACAGAGAUAUUUAAAGCUCUGAUCUGAGAUUCUUUUCAUUCUAUGUUUUAUAUUUAGUGCCUCACUCUGGAGUUUUUAAUGUGUGUGUGUGUGUGUGUGUCUUCAAAAAAACUGUUUCACCACUUAACCUUGAAAAAUAACAUUUUGCUGCUGGUUAAAUUAUGAUGUUAGUUUUUUGUGUGUAUAUCUAUUUUUGUAGUUUUCCUAAAGAAUUUUGUUCUGCUGUGCUUGUGCUCGUGUUGUAUUGUCGACAGAAUGCUAUAUUUUUGGAGCUGUUUCUAAAAAAGGAUUAAAUAAAAGGAGGUUUUCUGUAACUUUAA